AGAAAACUUGCGUUCAGCAGUCGAUUUUAUCAGCAUUUCAAAUGCAAAGUGGCAAAUCGUGUUUGUAAGCGUUUGUGUCUGAAAUUUUUUUUAACUCUUCCAGUUCCUGAUGCUGUCCAGAGCCUUUUUUCAUCAUGAAAAAUGCAUGCAAAGCCUUUUGAAGGUACUCAGAUGGACAAAACACUAAAAACAGCUUGUCACACUUGUCACACAUUGUAAUGACCACUCACACCUCAGACUUCUCCCACCCUUGGAAACAAAAGAAAUGUUAAUGACCAUUCACACCUCAAAUUCCACAUGA